UGUAAGAGAGCCUCCUCUUUAUCCAUAAAUAGCUCUGGAAGCAUCCCUCAGCAGCAGAGGACUGGAAGGACAAACUGACAAGAAGUUUCCACUCUCUCUUAACUAACUGGUCAACAUCAUGAUGCGAUCUCAAGUCCUCAUUUCAGUCCUCUUAAUCCUUCUCCCAGCUGCCGUGGAUUCUUUCCCACAAGUGCAUGGAGUGAUGGGUCACCCUGUGACACUGCCGUGUACUUACCCAGUGUCUAACGGACUCUCAUCCAUGUGCUGGGGCCGAGGGGCAUGUGCUUCUGACACAUGUGGACAAACACUUAUCUGGACUGAUGGCCACAGAAUCUACUAUCGGACAAAUAAUCGCUACCAGCUGAAGGGGCAGCUUCUUCAAGGAGAUGUGUCCUUGACGAUAGAGAAUGUCACUGAGAGUGACAGUGGUCUCUACUGCUGUCGGGUGGAAAUGAAGGGAUGGAAUGGUGUACAGAGACUGACCACCUCACUGCAAGUUCAACCUGUUGACAUCGACACUGUGACAUCUUCACACCGCCCUUGGAAUAAUCACACCGAAGUGGUCCCCACACCAAACCCCCUGAAGAUCCACACCAAGGGCCUCUAUAUCGGCAUCUCCGUGUCUGUUGUGCUGCUGCUUCUCACGAGCAUCCUGAUGAUCAUAAAGUGCAGACACAUGAGAAAGAAGAGGAAGUCAGAAGUCCCAGUCGUCUUCCAUGCUUACCAGAAUGAGACCUUUCAAUCUACAGUGCAGCCCCAAACCAAGGACAAGUUUGACAUUGUUGAUGACAGUGUUCAUUCAAGGAUUAAAUCCUAGCUGUUCUCUGAGGGGCCAUCAUCCCAAGACUGUAGAAGAAAUUAAUGGGAUAUAACCAUACUGUUAAAUUUGUUCUGUGGCAGUUCAUCUAAUGUUCCCACUUGGAGCAGGAGGAAAGAGAAUGGCCCUCUACUAGUUCAUAUACAUAGUCACUCUUAAUAUAGUGCUUAGUCUUGUCACACACUGGGGAGUGUCCUCUCAAGCAUGAAUACUUUAGAAUUCCUUGUGUUCUUUAGAUGCCAUAAGUUGUAUCCAUGAGAGAAAAUCAUUGGUAAUGUAAGAAAUGACCUUCUAUCUUGGGUACUAAAUCCAUCAGGAAGAGGAUAUAAAAGUAAAAAAUAUAUAUAUAAUAAAAGGGGGGACAAGACUUAAUUUGGAAGCACUUCAUGAUUAUGUUUUAUUCACUUUCCACCAAGGGAAUGAAGUCAUGGGAGCUGCAGGUUUAACUUGGUAGAUAAAUAGGAGUCCAGAAGUGUGUGUGCUUUCUAAUGGCUCCCGACAUAUGGUAUCUAAUGCAUUGUUAUAUAGAUGAUCUUAGGAUAAGGAUGGUGCUUCAUGGCAUGAGAGGUUGCCAUGGUGAGAGUGGACCAGACAGACAUCAGGGAAGAAAACAGUGGACCAAGGACUGAGUUCAUUAGUGCUGUUUCCACUGCAGUCUGACUUGGUGCUCAGUGUCCUGUCCUCACCCACUGGACUCUGAAUUAGGUGCUGGAAGGAGACAAUGCAGACAUCAAGGGGAAAGGGGGAGCAGGACCCAGGCUCUCUGCCUGAGAGAAGUCCUAUUCUAGGGUUUCCAAUGUUUGGGACUAUCAUUGGUUUCAUUCAGAGUUCCUAAUUUAUAAUUGUCUCCAGGCCAUUUUUAUAUUUAAUUUAUUUCACAAAGAAAAAGCAUUUACAUAGUGAAUCAGCAUCAAUGAAAUACUUGGUUUUGCUAGAGUUAACAGAAGCUGUCGUAUUGAUGAUAUCUUCAUUAACAGUUUGGUUGUUGAGAUCUGAUUUUCAAGGUAGUAUUAAUUUCUAUAUGUUUUCUGCCUCCUGAUUUCUGGUUCCCCCAGUAGUCCACUCUCUCCACAUGCCUUCUAUGGCAACUGUACACGCACACACAUACACACACACACACACACACACACACACACACACACACACA